CGCCCUCACCAUUACGGACACGGACACGGACACGGACACGGACACCCUCCUUUCUCUCCCUCUCUCCCCCCUCACCCAAGAACUGCAACCGCGCACGGCUCGCCACGAGGAGCCUGCGUACGGGGGCGACGCCGCAUCCAGACACGCAGGCCAUGAGGACGAGGCGCGGCGCGUGCUACUCCUGCCACGCGGAGGCGGCCGACGGCCCAGACGCGCACCGCCGGAAGAGGCGCCGGACGGCAGCGGCCGAGGGGUCGCCGCCGCCGGCCGGCUGCCGCGGCGGCGGCGGCCUAGGAGGCAUGUUCGAGGAGCUGCCUGACGAUCUCGUCGUGUCGAUACUGCGCGACGUCGCGGCGUCCGCCGGCUCGCCGGCCGACCUCGCCGGCGCCAUGCUCACGUGCAAGAGGUUCAGGGAGCUCGGGCAGAGCAAGGUGGUGCUCGCGCGGGCAUCGCCGCGGUGCCUCGCCGUGCGCGCCGCGGACUGGUCGGACGACGCGCACCGCUUCCUGCAGCGCUGCGCGGACGCCGGCAACCUCGAAGCGUGCUACCUUCUCGGCAUGAUCCGGUUCUACUGCCUGGGCAGCCGCGGGUCCGGCGCGGCGCUGAUGGCGGCGGCGGCGGCGGUGGGCGGGCACCGCGAGGCGCUCUACUCGCUGGCCGUGAUCCAGUUCAACGGCAGUGGCGGCGGCAAGGACGACCGCGACCUGCGCGCGGGCGCCGCGCUGUGCGCGCGCGCGGCGUCGCUGGGCCACGUGGACGCGCUCCGCGAGCUCGGGCACUGCCUCCAGGACGGCUACGGCGUGCGCCGCUCCGUGCUGGACGGGCGCCGCCUCCUCAUCCAGGCCAACGCCCGCGAGCUGGCCGCCUCGUCGGCGGCGGCGGCGGCGGCGCCCGGCAGCAACGGAGGCGGGAAGGGGGCCCCGCGGCGGCACUCGUGCCUCCUGAGCGACUUCGGGUGCGGCGCCGCGGCCGCGGCCGCGGCGGGGGAGGCGCACGCGGCGAACCGGUUCCUGGUGGACUGGUUCGCGACGCGGCCGCUCGCCCAGGCGGCGGCCGGCGCAGGCGCCGGGACGGGCGCGGCCUCGCCGGAGGACGACGGCGCGCUGCGGCUGUGCUCGCAGGCGCUGUGCGGGCGGCCCGAGACGCGGCGGCACGAGUUCCGGCGGUGCUCGGUGUGCGGCGUGGUGAACUACUGCUCGCGCGCGUGCCAGGCGCUGCACUGGAAGAUGGCGCACAAGGCGGAGUGCACGCCCAUGGACCGGUGGCUCGACGCCGCCGGCGCCGCGGCGCACCCCGACGCCAACGCGGCGGCGGCCCCGGCGCUGUGACGCGCCGCCCUGUGGUGGCGUCGUCCGUCCGUUUCCGUUUCCGUUUCCGCUCACUCUUGUUUGCACUAGCAACGCCAGUUUUUACUGCUCCGUUCAUUUCU